AUGUCUCCUUCUGCAAUCAUGCCGCAGGCAGACCAGACGGCGCCUCCCAAUGGUCACGUCAAUGGCACCCAAGUCGAGCAGAGCGUGCCGAACCCCGUCUACCUAACCACUGAGCCAAAGGAGGAUUUUGACUGGAAAAUCACUCUCAGGGGCAAAGUGAUCGCCAUCACUGGCGCAAACAGAGGCAUUGGUCUGGGACUUGCAACGGUGUGCCUUGCAAACGACGCGGCAGAGAUAUAUUCGCUCGACCUCUUUGAACCGGGCGAGGAUUUCCAGGCGCUUCAAAAGGCGAACCCGAAGCGAGUGCACUACCUGCACUGCGAUGUCACGUCUGAGGAAAGCGUCAACAAGGCGGUUGACCAGAUUGUAGCUGAGUCGGGCCGCAUAGAUGGCAUGAUUGCCAACGCGGGAAUGACCAAGCAUCAGCCAGCGCUCAACUUUGACCGCCCUCAGCUGGAGCAGCUGUUCAAUCUCAACGUGUUCGGCGCUUACUUUUGCGCGACGGCAGCCGCGAAAAAGUUCAUUGAGCUGGGCAUAAAGGGGUCGAUUGUCUUCACUGCAUCCAUGACCUCGUACCGGCCAAACAGGGCAGCACCGUCGGCGCCAUAUGGAGGGACCAAGGGCGCUGUUCGCAACAUGGCGCACACGCUAGCCAUGGAGUGGGCGAAGCAUGGGAUUCGUGUCAAUUCCAUUUCGCCCGGUUUCGUGCGAACGCAGAUGACGUACUAUGUUGAGAAGGCGCCUGACUGGAAUCUGAAGAUGCAAUAUUAUGGCGGCAUGCCGAGACUGGCUGAUCCUCGCGAACUUGGCGGAGCCUACGUAUAUCUGCUCUCCGACGGAGCCAGUUAUACGACCGGCAUUGACAUUCCCGUGGCAGGCAUUGUCGGCGCAUGGUAG